AUGCCCUGGUGUAGAAGAAAUACGCCCGGCUCAAGGUGCGAUGCUCCCUGCCCUCGUACUCCCUCGCUCUCUCUCGUUCUCACUCAUCCUCCCUCGCCCUCCCUUGCCCUCACUCAUCCUCCCUCGCCCUCCCUUGCCCUCACUCAUCCUCCCUCGCCCUCCCUUGCCCUCACUCAUCCUCCCUCGCCCUCCCUUGCCCUCACUCAUCCUCCCUCGCCCUCCCUUGCCCUCACUCAUCCUCCCUCGCCCUCCCUUGCCCUCACUCAUCCUCCCUCGCCCUCCCUUGCCCUCACUCAUCCUCCCUCGCCUUCCCUUGCCCUCACUCAUCCUCCCUCGCCCUCCCUUGCCCUCACUCAUCCUCCCUCGCCCUCCCUUGCCCUCACUCAUCCUCCCUCGCCCUCCCUUGCCCUCACUCAUCCUCCCUCGCCCUCCCUUGCCCUCACUCAUCCUCCCUCGCCCUCCCUUGCCCUCACUCAUCCUCCCUCGCCCUCCCUUGCCCUCACUCAUCCUCCCUCGCCCUCCCUUGCCCUCACUCAUCCUCCCUCGCCCUCCCUUGCCCUCACUCAUCCUCCCUCGCCCUCCCUUGCCCUCACUCAUCCUCCCUCGCCCUCCCUUGCCCUCACUCAUCCUCCCUCGCCCUUGUCACCGAAUAUGCACGAAGACGAGGCCGACACGGCGAAUCAUGUGCAGGAGCCGAAUCGCGAAGGCGAAACCAAGGGCGAUGACGCAUCCCAGGAGGAAGGCGCAGGCGAGCAGCGCGAUAUGCCCGCUGGAGUCAACAACGACGACCCCGCGCAGGCGGGCGUGGCGGCGGAGCCAAGCACGGCGGAGGCGGACGGAAAGAGCGGUGCUCGGAACCAGCCGCGCGGCGGAGAGAAGAGUGAUGGCGGGAAGCGUAGCAGUGGCUCGCGCUCUCCGGAUCCGCGUCAGCAACGUGACGAAGGACGCGGUGGCGGCGCGCGCUCGCCAGACCCGCGGCUGAAUCGUGACGGGGGACGCGGCGGCGGCGCGCGCUCGCCAGAUCCGCGGCUACAUCGUGAUGGGGGAAGGGGCGGCGGCGUGUGCUCGCCAGACCCGCGGCACAAUCGUGACGGGGGACGCGACGGCGGCGUGCUCUCGCCAGAUCCGCGGCUGCAGUAUGACAGGAGGUGUCGGAGAAACAGCUCUGCUAGUCAUCUGCCUGCAUUCUGA